AGACGACCAGCAGAACAAAGGAAAAAAAAAAGGCAGAGAGGGCCCUCUGCUCCUCCCAUCCUCCGUCAAAGCCGCAAGAAGCAGAGGAGGGCAAGGCGGCGGAGCAGAGCAGAGCAGAGGAAGAUGGCGCCACCGCGCCCGCGCCCGCAGCCGGCGCUGCUCCUGCUGCUCCUCGUCUCCCUGCUGGCCGCCUCCGCGCCCCGCCGCGCCGACGCCUGGGGCAAGGAGGGCCACAUCAUGGUCUGCAAGGUCGCCGAGAGGUACCUGUCGGAGGACGCGGCGGCGGCGGUGCAGGAGCUGCUGCCGGAGUCGGCCGGCGGGGAGCUGUCGACGGUGUGCCCGUGGGCGGACACGAUGCGGUUCCGGUACCACUGGGCCAGCCCGCUCCACUACGCCAACACCCCCAACGUCUGCAACUUCGACUUCUCACGGGACUGCCACAACUCCCGCGGGGAGCAGGGGAUGUGCGUCGUCGGGGCCAUCAACAACUACACGGACCAGCUCUACACCUACGGGGACUCAUCAUCAAAGAGCUCAUACAACCUGACGGAGAGCCUCAUGUUCCUGGCGCACUUCGUGGGGGACGUGCACCAGCCGCUGCACGUCGGCUACGAGGAGGACGAGGGCGGCAACACCAUCACGGUGCACUGGUACCGCAGGAAGGCCAACCUCCACCACGUGUGGGAUGUCAGCAUCAUCGACACGGUCAUGAAGGACUUCUACAACAAGAGCCUCGACACCAUGGUCGACGCCCUCCAGACCAACCUCACCGAAGGUUGGUCCGACGAUGUCGGUCGCUGGGAGAGCUGCGCCAACAAGAAGGCGACCUGCGCAAACGACUACGCGAUCGAGAGCAUAAACCUGGCGUGCAACUACGCAUACAAAGAUGUGGUGCAGAACAUUACUCUGGGAGAUGAUUAUUACCUCACCCGGUACCCGGUUGUGGAGAAGAGACUGGCACAGGCCGGCGUCAGACUCGCCUUGAUACUCAACAGGAUAUUUGACAAGAAGAAAGCAGAUGCUAUGCCGUUGUACAUACAGUAAAAUAGCUAUACUUGUACAAACAUAGAUAUACUGAUGACUGGAAGGUAUUAUUGUAGCUACCGCACCACGCCAGUUUGAUCAAUUGCCGCUUCAAUAGGUGAUAUGUAAUAAGAAUCAAACAACCUUGGCACACCAUUCAGAAAUUCAACUGUUGUAAAGUUCCAUAAUAUACUACUCCCUCCGUUUCACAAUGUAGUGCGUAUUAAGACUUCUUGAAAUGACAAAUUUUACACACUUUGACCAA